GUGGCCCCCAGAAGACGGAAUACACGGAGCACCCGAGUUAAAUGGCCACAUUUAAGGCUGUAAACAAGUACGAUACCCAUCUAUAGGUAACAUCUCCUAUGGCUACCCCCGUAUUUCUGGUAACUCUGGUUGGGCUGACUUCUGUCAGACUUACAAAAGGAAGUGCAGGGAACGUGUAUGAGUGGGGAUACGUGGGAGCUCAUAGUGAGUAUACAGUAUGUUGUGGUCCCGAUCAAUGGAAAUCGCAUUUCCCGCACUGUGGUGGUAUGAGGCAAUCUCCAAUUGACAUCAACACAGAUCACGUGUUAUAUAACGAGAAUUUGGGGGAUCUUAAGCUGCUGAAUUACGACACUUCUCUCUCUACUCCGCCUACGUUGAUCAACAAUGGACACACAGUUCAAGUAAACAUUCAAGGAGACUACUUUCUGCAAGGUGGAGGACUACCAUCCCGAUAUAGAGUGGCCCAGUUUCAUUUCCACUGGGGCGAUGCGGACAAACGGGGCUCUGAGCAUUUAGUCAACGGCAAAGCCUUUCCUAUGGAGAUGCACAUUGUGCACUACUCCACGGAGUAUUCUAACGUGAGUGACGCUUUGAACAGGCCCAAUGGCUUAGCUGUGCUAGCUGUGCUCUUCACGGUGGGAGAUGCUCCUAACAGUGCCUUUGAUAAGGUGGUCGGUCAUCUUCAGUCUCAAAGUGACGUCAUAAAACUAGAUACUUUCUCACUGCGCAGUCUCCUGCCGGUCGAUGUCAGCACUUUCUUCCGGUACUCGGGAAGCCUGACAACACCGCCUUGCUACGAGAGUGUUAUUUGGUCAUUGUAUCGGAAUAAUGUCGCUCUGGCGGAAUCACAGGUGAACAAAUUCCGCACCCUUCUCAAGGCCAGUUUGCCAGGUGAAGGAAAUGGUUCACGAUUGGUUAAUGACUUCAGGCCCGUACAGCCAAUGAACGCCCGAGUUGUGGAGACCAAUAGGCCGAUAAAAGGAUGUGGCCUUUCUGCAAGUCCAUCAGUGGAUUUUUUUCUAUCUGUAGUUCUCAUCGUUCUGACCCUGGUGUAAUGUGUUCUGAUGUUCUAGUGUGCAUCAAGGAAACUCAAAACGACAAAAUGGUGAUAGCUGUGAUAUAAUGACUCCAAAAUGCACAAGGCUACUAAUGCGCCUACUUCAAGUUUUUUCAAAGGCCAUAACAUUCUUUAAUAUCAAACAAUGUGCCUGGGUAAUUCAAUCAACGACAUCAUAACACAACAUAUUUCCGUUUCCAGCCGAUUUCCAGCCUAUGAAACAGUGAGUGUUUUCAGCUUGUAAAACUGCCAUCAUUUCCAGUCUACGAAACGAACAUUUUUCAAGAAUAUUUCCCCAUUAACCGACCAUAGAGCUAUGAGAUGCAGACCUACACAUGCACGUGGUAUACAAGUAGCUAAUUUGUUUAGCGCCAGAUCAAGUUCGCAACCAAUAUCUUCAGACAAAUGCAAUGUAUAACUGAUUUGAAAAUAUAUGUAUUCAGAUGUACUAAACCAUUUACGUGGAAAGACGUUAUUUCCUGUUUUGUUCUUUCAUGAACAUUUUUUGGAACUGUUUUCCACAGCAAGGACUCAGAUGAUGGCGUUUUAUUCACACAGCUAGUUGUGCAUGACUGCAUGAAGAUGUAAAAUUAAAGAACUCAAUCCCCGCCUGUCUUCGCCCUCAAGCUUUAUACUCUCGACCCCGAAUCCUAACAGCAGAAAGCUGAACUCAGGGCUAAAAUUUCUAUGCAUGAUUCCGCACAAUAAAAUGUAGA